UCAGAUGAUUUCCCUGGAAGGGGUUUCAAGUAUUCGGAAAACACAUGAUAUGCUACCUAUUCACUCAAAACCCAAGCUAUGGAACCCAUCCAUUGCACCAAAUCCACCAACAUUUAAAAAGAUUCUUCCACUAAAAAUUUCAAACCCUUGGAAUGAAAACAAGGAAGCAAAUGAAUCAAAAGCAGGCAGAAUCAAACGCCUGGUGCUUUCCAAUGAAGGCAGAACCAAGCUCAACACCUUUCCCGACAGGGAAUUCUAUGCUUACCCCAGGUUUGUAACUCAUGUUGAUGAUGGAUUCAUUGCCACACUAACAGAUUUGUACAGGGAGAGGCUAAAGCCUGGCUCAGAGAUUCUUGACCUCAUGAGUUCAUGGAUUAGCCAUCUACCAAAUGAAGUCGUUUACAAAAGAGUGGUAGGGCAUGGACUUAAUGCUCAGGAGCUUGCCAGGAAUUCUAGGAUGGAUUACUUCUUUGUCAAGGAUCUAAACCAUGACCAGAAGCUCGAGAUUGAAGACUCAAGUUUCGAUGCUGUGCUAUGCACGGUCAGUGUACAGUAUCUUCAGCAACCUGAGAAGGCUUUUGCAGAAGUUUUUCGGGUGCUUAGGCCAGGAGGCGUGUUCAUUGUGAGCUUCAGCAAUAGGCUUUUCUAUGAGAAAGCAAUCAAUGCCUGGAGAGAUGGAACUGCAUAUAGUAGAGUACAACUUGUUCUUCAGUAUUUCCAGUGUAUUGAAGGGUUCACACAGCCGGAAGUGAUCCGGGAAUUACCGAGUGCUGGUAAUUCUCAAGAUGACAAGUCGCCGUUUAGUUGGUUCAUGAAGUGGCUUGGGUUAUUUUCGGGUUCAGACCCCUUUUAUGCUGUCAUAGCUUACAAGAACUUCAAACCUGUAUAUGAUUGAAAAAGAAGUUAAGUAGAUACUGCAAUCUACAUUUGAGCUUUAACUGCAUCAAUUAUUUACCGUUUUAAGUUGGAA